AAAAUGCCAUUAUUUAGUAAUAAAUUUUCACCAAAAACUAUUCCUGUUAGAAAACAAGACACUUGUGUUAUAAAAAAUGAAUUAGGCAGUGAUUACGCAUCGAGAGAAUUGUCUAUUGAUAUAGAACCGCUCAAAUUGAAAUUAGGAGAUUUUGAAUUGUCUUUCGAAGAAGGACAAUGGAUACCUGCUUCAGGUAGAGCAGGCGCUGCGCACAAGGAGAAUAUUCGUCUAAAAAAAGAAUUAGAACAACUCGAAGAAGAAAAUAAUAUGCUACGAUUAAAAUUCGAAAUAUUACUCGAUAUGAUGACGGAUAAGACGAUUGAAGCUGAACAACAGGAAAUGCAAAGAGCUCAAAGCUUGGGAUCAUUGAAACCAAAGAGUAAAAAGCAGAAAUGGUAG